GACUGCCAUAGAUCUUCAUACUUCAUUUCUUGUUAUUAAAACUCUUUGGGUUUGUUGUAUAGUAUACUUUGAUUGUCGUUUCCGUUUUCUUUCGGUGGUGGCUAGUUCUUCCGUUUGAGUGGUGCAUAUGUAAGCAUGACGAAGGGAACAUCCAGUUUUGGUAAAAGGCGUAACAAGACUCAUACGCUUUGCAGACGAUGUGGUCGAUCGUCAUACCACAUUCAGAAGUCUAAAUGUGCUCAGUGUGGAUAUCCAAGCCGGAAACUCAGGAGUUAUAACUGGAGUGUGAAAGCUAAACGCAGGAAGACUACUGGCACUGGCAGGAUGCGCACAUUGAAAAUUGUGCGGAGGAGAUUCAGGAAUGGUUUCCGUGAAGGUGGAAAACCAGCUCCUCGUAAAGUUUCAGGUUAAGUUCAUGUAAUGAAGUAUUGAAAUAAAGUUAAUUUGUACAUUU